AUGGGGUUUGGUACCGGGCCCAUGAUACCAUUAUGGGUUUUAAUUCUAAUGAUCUGCUGUAUCCAACAAAAAGCUUCAAGUACAGAAGCUGUAUCUGAAAGGGUUACCAUCAUCCCACCAUUGACAAAAAUGCCAGUUUUAACAUCCUUCAACUCAGCUCAUAACGGGCAAGUCUGCAGCACGUGGGGCCUCUUUCACUUCAAGACAUUUGAUGGUGACAUCUAUAAUUUUCCUGCGGUCUGCAAUUAUAUCUUUGCCUCCCAUUGCAAUGGACUUUUUGAGGACUUCAACAUCCAGAUUAGGCGCAAAAUAGUGGGAAACACUCCCACGGUCAGCUAUGUCAACAUGAGGCUGGAUGGAGCAGAUUUACAAAUGCAAAAGGAUCAAAUUUUGGUGAAUGACAAACGAAUUCAGUUGCCUUACAGUGGAUCUGGACUCGACAUACAGAAUUUUCUCAACUACAUUAAAGUGAAAGCUAAAAUGGGCGUAACCGUAAUGUGGAAUAAAAAAGACUCUGUCAUGGUGGAACUUGAUAAAAAAUAUGCCAAUCAGACCUGUGGACUUUGUGGAGAUUUUAACGGCAUUCCAAAGUACAAAGAAUUUUAUUUAGAAGGUACCCCCAUGACAGACUUCCACUUUGGGAGUACAUGGAAGUUGAAUGAUCCAACAGAAGAUUGUGAGGAUCCUAUACCACCUCCUCAGAACAACUGCACUGAUGAAGAUGAUAUUUGCCAGAAAAUACUGACUGGUUCUUCAUUUUCUGAAUGUAAUGAUAUUGUGGGGGUGAACAGCUACAUUGAUGCUUGUGUACAUGACUUGUGUCACUGUGAGGAAGUUGAAAAAUCAUCCUGUCUCUGUAAUACUUUUGCUGAAUAUUCUCGGCAAUGCGCUCAUGCUGGCGGGCAUCCUCAAAACUGGAGAAGUCCAAAACUAUGCCCAAUGUCAUGCUCUUUCGGUAUGCAGUAUCAAGAAUGUGGAUCACCUUGUGCGAACACUUGUACCAAUUCUGAAAGCUCUCAUGUCUGUGAAGAUCACUGUGUAGAUGGCUGCUUUUGCCCACCUGGAACUGUUUAUGAUGACAUCAACGGCAAAAACUGUAUCCCCUUUGAGCAAUGUUCCUGCAUUUAUAAUGGAGAAUCCUAUGCCCCAGGGACAACAUAUUCAGUUCCAUGCCGUUCCUGUUUUUGCAAGGGGGGUGAGUGGAACUGCACUGAACUUCCGUGUCCUGGUAUUUGUUCAAUAGAAGGAGGAUCGCAUAUCUCCACCUAUGAUGGAAUAUGGUAUAAUUUCCAUGGAAGCUGUACUUAUAUUCUAUCCAAGAUUUGUGAAGAAGAAGCCUUUACUGUUCUUGGAGAACUGGGCUCAUGUGGCUUGACAGAGACUGAGACCUGCUUAAAAAUGGUGGCUGUGAGCAUCAAUGGAGGACAGACUAGUGUUGUGAUCAACCGUGAUGGCAAUGUAUAUGUUAACUGGAUGUAUACCCAACUGCCUGUCUCAGCAGCUAAUGUAACAAUCUUCAAGCCUUCAACUUUCUACAUCAUUCUGGAAAUAAAUUCCGGCCUUCAGCUAGUGAUUCAGAUUGUUCCUUUGAUGCAGUUAUACAUUUAUCUGGAUCCAUCUUUCCAAGGGACGACCUGUGGUCUCUGUGGCAACUUUAACAAUCACCAGACAGAUGACUUCAAAACCCUAAGUGGAUUGACAGAAGGAACAGCACCCGCAUUUGCUAAUACCUGGAAAACUCAGGCUGAUUGUGUCAACAUCAAGCAGAAUUUUAAGGACCCUUGCACCCUGAGCAUUGAAAAUGAAAAAUACGCCCGUCAUUGGUGUGGACUCCUGACUGAUCCUGAAGGACCUUUUGCUAAAUGCCACCUCAUAGUGAAUCCAAAGGCUUAUCACACGAACUGUAUGUUUGACACCUGCAAUUGUGAGAAAAGUGAGGAUUGCAUGUGUGCUGUCCUCUCUUCCUAUGUCAGAGCCUGCAAAGCCAAAGGAAUUGACCUUUCAGGUUGGAGAACCAACGUCUGCUCCAAAUACACUACUGUGUGUCCCAAAUCCCAGAAUUAUAGCUAUAGCAUUAGCUCUUGUCAAUCUACUUGCCGAUCAUUGAGCGAACCUGAUAUUACCUGCAAUAUCAAAUUUGUCCCAGUUGAUGGCUGUACAUGUGAAAAUGGAACUUACAUGGAUGAUUCUGGAAGAUGUGUGCCUGCUAACAAAUGUCCCUGUUAUUACAGAGGAACAGCCAUACUUUCUGGUGAAGUUUACCAUGAGUCUGGCAUUGUAUGCACCUGUAAUCAAGGAAAAUUAAACUGCAUUGGUGAUGGCGAUUCCGAGCCAGUUUGUAGCACUCCAAUGGUUUACUUUGACUGCAAAAAUGCCACCACUGGCAGCAAAGGAGCUGAAUGUCAGAAGAGCUGUCACACUCUUGAUAUGCAUUGUUACAGCCCACAGUGUGUCUCUGGUUGCCUAUGUCCAGACGGGCUAGUGUCAGAUGGGAAAGGAGGCUGUAUUCCUGUGGAAGAGUGCCCAUGUAUUCACAAUGAGGCCACGUAUCAGCCUGGAGAAAAGAUCAAAGUUGACUGUAACACUUGUGUAUGUAAGAACAGGAUGUGGCAAUGUACCAUGGAGGCAUGCCUAGCAACCUGUGCUAUUUAUGGAGAUGGGCAUUAUAUCACCUUUGAUGACAAGCGUUAUAUAUUCAAUGGGCAAUGUGAAUAUACACUAAUGCAGGAUUAUUGUGGCCAGAAUAGUUCCACUCAGGGGUCAUUCCGAAUCAUCAGUGAAAAUGUUCCUUGUGGCACCACUGGAACCACUUGUUCUAAAUCUAUUAAAGUGUUCGUGGAAAACUAUGAACUGAUACUUACCGAGGAGCACUAUGAAGUGGUAAAAAGAGGGAGUGGAGGUCAGCUACCAUAUAUGAUUCACCAAAAGGGUAUCUACUUAGUGAUUGAGACUAAGAAAGGACUAAUUAUCUUAUGGGACAAGAAAGCAAGCAUAUUUAUCAAACUCAGUGUAGAUUUCAAGGGUGAGGUCUGUGGGCUAUGUGGGAACUAUGAUGGAAAUGGAAAUAAUGACUUUACAACUCGGAGUCGGUCUGUAGUAGGUAAUGUGCUGGAGUUUGGAAACAGUUGGAAGGUAUCGCCCACAUGUCCUGAUGCCAAAUGUGUCAAGGAUCCGUGCUCCAAGAAUCCCUAUAGGAAAGCCUGGUCACAGAAGCAGUGCAGCAUCAUCAACAGUGAAGUCUUUGCUGCCUGCCACUCUCAGGUGGAACCAACUAAAUACUAUGAAGCCUGUGUGAUUGAUGCCUGCGCUUGUGAUACUGGGGGAGACUGUGAAUGCUUCUGUACAGCUGUAGCUGCAUAUGCUCAAGUAUGUAGUGAACAUGGAGUAUGUGUGUCAUGGAGAACACCAUCGAUCUGCCCCAUGUUUUGUGACUAUUACAAUAGCAAAGGUGAAUGUGAAUGGCACUACAAACCUUGUGGAGCCCCAUGCAUGAAGACAUGUAGGAAUCCAAGUGGGAAGUGCACUUAUAAUUUACCUGCCUUGGAAGGCUGCUAUCCACACUGCCCAGGAGAUAAGCCUUAUUUCAGUGAGGUUGAGAUGAAAUGUGUUAACACUUGUGGCUGUUACGAUGCUGAGGGUAACUAUCAUCCAUUAGAAGAAACCUUUAAUUCAGGAGAGAUGUGUCAGUCAUGUAAAUGUACCAGCAAAGGCAUUAAGUGUGACUACGAUCCUAAAGCUUGCUACUGUUACUAUGAUGGAAAGAGGUAUAACUACAAGGAGGUAAUUUACAAUACUACUGAUGGCUUGGGCUCGUGUAUAACUGCAAUUUGCGAAGUCAAUGGAACAAUCGAUAGAAAAGUCUACAAAUGUGUUACACCUCCCACAAAACCACCAUUUGAAUUCACAACAACACAAGGUGGAACAGAAUCAACCCCAACAGGAACAACGAUGUGUGUGCGUAAAGUUUGUAACUGGACAGAAUGGUUUGAUGUUAGCUACCCAUCAUAUGGACCAACUAAUGGAGAUUAUGAAACUCCAGAAAACAUAAGAGCCAGAGGACAUCAUCUUUGCAAAAAUCCAGAUGAAGUAGCAUGCAGAGCAAAAGAAUUUCCCAGUCAAACAUUGCAUUCUCUCAAUCAACAUGUAAUAUGCACCACAGCUGAUGGUUUGAUCUGCAAUAACAAUGAUCAGUUUCCACCAGUGUGUUACAAUUAUGAGGUCAGAUUCUCCUGCUGCAAUUUUGAACCAUGCGGUCCCACAAUAUCAACACCUGUUCCUACCACCACUGCAGCAACAACACCACUCCCUGAAACAACAUCACUCCGUUAUAUACCUCCAUCUAGCACUAGAGUUGUUCUUGUGACUACAACCCAUACCUCCCAGCCUUCCACAUUAACUUCAAUGGAGCCUACUACUACAAUUUGCCAUCCUAAAUGCAACUGGACCCAAUGGUUUGAUGACCACAAUCCAAACACUAGCCCAGAUGGUGAUUUCGAGCUCUAUGCAAACAUACGAGCACGUGGACAGGUUUGUGAGAAUCCCCAAGGCAUCGAAUGCCAGGCAAAGGACUAUGCACACACAAACAAUCGUGCGCCUCAGCAACAUAUCCAGUGCAAUGUAAAGGUUGGAUUAGUGUGCCAACAUUCAGAGCAGACGAAGAAACCAAACAAAUGUAUCAACUACGAGGUGAGAUUCAACUGUUGUGAUUACAGCCAUUGCCAACCAGGAAAGUAUACAACAGUCACAACAGAACCAACAUCCAAAACAAUAUCUUCUAAAACUCCCUACACAUCCACAACAUACAGUGGAUCCUUCCCACCACACCUAAUAUCAACCACCAUUCCAACCACCACUGUUCUAUCCACAACCACAGGAGUAACAACGGGAACAGAAACAACCACAACCCUUUCUACUGCACCAUCAAUAUCACCUGUCACCUCCGAAGUGGUCUCAACCACAUUGACCACCAUCCGAACAACCACCUUUCUGUCCACCUCCACAGGAGUAACAACAGAAAAGCAAACAACCACAACCCUUUCUACUGCACCACCAACAUCACCUGUCACCUCUGAAGUGGUCUCUACCACAUCGACCACCAUCCCAACCACCACCCUUCUGUCCACCACAGGAGUAACAACAGAAAAGCAAACAACCACAACCCUUUCUACUGCACCAUCAACAUCACCUGUCACCUCUGAAGUG